AUGACCGAAACGACAGAAGCCAUGCUCGAGCGACGCCAAAUGAACAGAUACACCCUGCCAGAGCUGGAUUACUUCCUAUCCAACUUGCCAGUCGAGCCCUACCCCUACACCAAAACCUUUGAAGAAGCCCGCAAAGACCCCUACGUAGUUCUACACUCCUCGGGCUCAACCGGCACGCUAAAGAUCCUAACCCUCAAGCAAGGCUCUGCCGCUGCGCACGACGCCUUCCAACUCUUCCCCUCCCUCGGCGACAACCCCCCCUCCGUGCUGAUCGAUAUAUCGCGUGAGCCAGCUUUCCUUGAAACCCUACCCCUCCUCCACAACGUGUCCUACUCCGGUGGUAUCCUGCCCACAGAUGCCGGAGAGGUCAUCUCAAAACGCACCCGACUCUUUGGUGGCAUAGCAUCUACUGAAACGGGGAUCCUGCCUGGCGAGAUCCCCCCGCCCGAUAUGUGGAACUAUUACCGCUACAACGAGAAUCCAGGAUACGAGCUUCGUCACUACGCAGAUAAUAUGUACGAGUAG